AUGGCGCUGCCCCCGGAGAAAGCCUCGGAGCUGAAGCAGAUCAUCCGGCAGCAGCUGACCAGGAUGGAUGUCCAUGGCAGAAUCCGAGAAGUACUUGCUGAGACCAUACGUGAAGAAUUAGCGCCUGAGCAUCAACAGUUAUCCGCAGAAGAUCUGAUGAAAGCCCUAAGACGACGAGGAAUCAUUGAUGAUGUUAUGAAAGAACUUACAUUUGUAACCGAUAUGAAUGACAGAGAGAUGACUUCAACUCCAAAACCUUCUACACAUUUUGUUGACAGACAACCUCCAGUACUGCAAAAAACUAACAUUGACCCAACACGAAGGUAUCUUUACCUUCAGGUUUUGGGUGGAAAAGCUUUUCUGGAACAUCUGCAAGAACCUGAACCUUUACCUGGUCAAAUUUGUUCUACCUUCACUCUGUGUUUGCACUUUCGAAACCAACGUUUCCGCUCUAAACCCGUCCCAUGUGCCUGUGAACCAGAUUUUCAUGAUGGUUUUUUACUUGAAGUACACAAGGAUAGCCUAGGUGAUGGAAGUAAAAUGGUGGAUGCAACCACUAUGUUAUCAAUAUGUGAUCCAGUGCAUAUGGUUCUGAUCAAAACUGACACGUUUGGUGAGACCACAUUAGUGGCAUCUUAUUUCUUGGAAUGGCGAUCAGUCCUUGGUGCAGAGAACAGAGUAACAAAUGUUGCUGUAGAACUUCUGGGUGUAGGUACAGAAUCAAAGGUUUCUGUUGGAGUCCUAAAUAUCAAACUUGAGAUGUAUCCACAGCUAAAUAAGACACUGUCCCAGGAAAUAGUUAAUACUCAACUUGCCUUAGAACGCCAGAAAACAGCAGAAAAAGAGCGUUUGUUUCUCGUGUAUGCUAAGCAGUGGUGGAGAGAAUACUUGCAGAUCAGGCCUUCACACAACACAAGGCUGGUAAAGAUCUUUGCACAGGAUGAAAAUGGGAUAAACCGUCCAGUAUGUUCAUAUGUCAGACCACUUCGAGCAGGCCGUUUGCUGGACACACCCAGGCAAGCUGCAAGAUUUGUUAACGUCCUUGGUUAUGAAAGAGCCCCCGUUAUUGGAGGAGGUGGUGGUAAACAAGAACAGUGGUGCACCCUUCUGGCUUUUCUGUGUAGAAAUAAGGGUGACUGUGAAGAUCAUGCUAACCUUUUGUGCAGCCUUCUCCUUGGAUAUGGAUUGGAAGCCUUUGUUUGUGUAGGAACAAAAGCAAAAGGAGUCCCUCACACAUGGGUAAUGACUUGUGGGACUGAUGGAACCAUCACUUUUUGGGAGAGUUUAACAGGACACAGAUACAUCCACAAUCCUAUCAAUCCUGAUGACCCUCCACUUGUUGAACAACCCAAGCCAAUGUAUCCUUAUCGAACAGUAGGAUGUGUCUUCAAUCAUCAAAAGUUCUUGGGGAAUUGCCAGCCCUCCGAUGCAGUGGAAGUCUGUGUGUUUGACCUGCAUGAUGAAUCUAAAUGGAAACCAAUGAGUGGAGAAGCAAUCAAAUCUGUGUGUUCUCCAGGGGCCACAACUUCACUUCCUCCUUUUCCCCCUCUGUGUGCUUCCACAAUAGAUGCUGCAGUAAUAAGCAAUGAGAUAGAAUUACAGCUGAGAAUACUGGUGUCAGAACACAGAAAGGAUCUAGGCCUUACUACUGUUUGGGAUGACCAGCUAUCCUAUCUCUUGUCACCAGCCUUGGCAGCCUAUGAGCUUGAACGUACAACAAGCAUCUCUGCAGGAAAUGAAGAGUUUCAAGAUGCUAUAAGGAGAGCAGUACCUGAUGGUCACACAUUUAAAGGAUUCCCCAUCCAUUUUGUUUACAGAAAUGCAAGGAGAGCAUUUUCUACGUGCCUUCGGUCUCCUUUCUGUGAAGAAAUAAUCUGUUGUAGGGGAGACCAAGUGCGACUUGCAGUUCGUGUGCGAGUGUUUACAUAUCCUGAAUCUGCGUGUGCUGUUUGGAUCAUGUUUGCUUGUAAAUACCGCUCUGUACUUUAA